AUCGGUGUCGGUCGCUUCAGUUUGUGUGAGCUUCGAUAACCGAGAGGAGACGGGAUUGAAUAACAUCAGACUCAGGACGGAGUUUUUUUAAAUAUUUUUUAACAAAGCUGUUGUUAAAGUGUGGAUUUUAAAACUUCAGAGAGGAGGUUCAACAACUAAACUGACACAAGAAGAACUUCAACCUGGCUAAAGACACCUGAUAAUUGUAGAAUCAUGGAUGCUCACAAGUGCAUCCUGAGCUCCCUGGGGAAGGGCCCCACCCGACGGAACCUGUUCGGCCCUGUGGACCGGGAGCAGCUGCAGAUGGAUUACCAGGCAGCGCUGAGGACAGGCCUGGAGGAGGCCUCACGCCGCUGGGGGUUCGACUUCAUGUCCAACCAGCCCCUGGAGAGCAGCGGUUUCCAGUGGGAGGGCAUCCCAGGUACCGAGAUGCCACUGUUCUACAGGUCCUGUAGGCUUGGCCUGGGUCAAACAGAAGGUCAGAGGUCAGCGGAGGGGAAAGUAGCCACCAAGAGAGCAAGGAUGGAACCACAGCAGGAUGAAAAGGAGAACAUCCCGGGCUCGCCAAACACGUGUGAACUCAACCUGGAGAACUUUGAGAACACACCAGAGAUAGGAGAGAGCGCCGGGCUCAAGAGGAAACAGACCAACCUCACAGAUUUCUAUCAGGCUAAACGAAGAAUAGUUUGGAUGCCGCGCAAAUCCGGCGAAUGACUUUCAGUGCGGUUUCUUAUUCCAGGAGAACUACACAGACAGUACCAGACUCAGGAAUACUAGGCUCUGCACAGACUCUGCACAGUUGCUCACUGGGUCUUGAACCCAGUGAAUCGCCAUGAAAACAGAAGGGACCUCAGCUACACAUAAUCACUAUCAGAUUAAAUUAGGGUACUGUAUUCUCUGGGGUGGUUGGUGUUUUCCCCAGUCGUAGGAAUGGGACAUUUGAGCGGAGAAGAUUAACCGUAAUCUCUCGAAUCAGUGGAUUUAUCCUCAUUUGGAUCAAGGGGAUGCCAAAGUGCAGACUGACAUUUCCUACUGUACAUUCCACAGGGCUGUGUAACGCAGUCACUUCUCAGUUUCAGAGGAAAUGUGAGCCACUAGAACAGCGGAGCUGUGACCACUGAGCAUAUCACACUUGAAAAGUAUGUUAUGUGGGUGAACCUCUUUUAGUGUCAUAAGGACUGAUUGAAAACUCUAGAGAAUGGUUGAAGCCCUUUGGUUCCAUUUUUUGAAUCCACUGUUUUUCUACAAUUUCCUGAUGUGUAUUAUGAGGACCAAGAGUCUUCUAUUCUUUUUUUUUUACAAGAACCUUCUGUCCAAAGUGUAUUCUACUUUAUACAUCCAAGUGUUCAAUCGUGAUUAGUUUUUCUACCAUCAUGCACUCUGAGGAAAAUCCCUGAAGAAUAAUGAUAUCCUGUACGUCGCUUUGCUGAGAUGAUACAAAGACAGAAGGGCCAUCGCGUCCUCUUCCAUCCACUGUAUGUUGAUGUGUACAGCACCAGAUUAAUGUAGGUCAUCUUCGGUAACACCAUUCAUUAGAGCACGUUAAAUAACACUUAUAUUUAGGUUUUAUUUAGUUAUAUAUGUAUAUAUAUCAGAUAUUUAUAAGUAGAGUUUAAUACAGGACUGUAGCAUGAAUCAUAAACACUGCAGUAUUGCACAACAUCUGAUAGGUGGCGUGUCCACAGCCCCCAGAGACGAGUGCCUCUUCGGCGUUUGAUUUGGUAUUUUGAGCUCCAUAAAGAACGAUCAGAAGAAAGUGUUUUCAGAAGUAGGUAUAUUAUUUUACAAAGCUAUAUGCUUUAUUCUUUUCCAUUUGAAAGCUCAGUGCAAUUUUACAGACAUUAUAUUAUCUGCCUCAAAAACGAAUGCUAUGGUUUUUCUUUUCUACAUGAGGUUUAUGUCAAAUGUUGGAAAGAUCCUGCUGCUAUGGGUGAUCUGAAUGGGGUUUCAUACAAGGUCACUGUAGCGCUUAUCCUUCUGAAUUGAAGGCUUUCAAAUGUUUGCCACAAAAAAAAGAAAAAGAAGAGGCCACACAAAUAUCAGCAUAACCCUGAACAAUGAACGCACUUCUGUUCUUAGACACUUUCCCACAGGUCCUAAGUAUUGUUUUAUGUUAAUUGCUACAAAUGAAAAAGAUCUAUCCUUAUUUAUUGUGAGAUACAGUACUUUGCCUUCGAGUUAUAUUUGUUUUGUUUUGAGAAUCCCAAUUUCCAAUAAAAAGGCUUAAAGUAAAA